AUGCCUUCGCGCGCCUUCGCGUCGGCGUCUGCCCCGACGUCAGCGCCCAGCGGUGCGUCCUUCGCCUCUUCUUCUGCUUUCUCAGCUUCUUCUGUCUCAGGUCAUAUCUCUGCGUGGUGGAGUCAGCUGGAGGAGCUGCAGGGGCUCGAGGGCGGGGGCGCGAGGCCGCUCUCGAGCCCGAGCCCAAAGCCCCUGCGCGCGGCCUCCCGCCCCCCCUCCCCUUCCUCAAGCUCGCAGGCUCUCUCUGAAGCUGCGCACUCGGCGACUUCUCGCACUUGGUGCGGCGCAGAGAAGGACGCGCAAAAAGAGGUUGAGAAGAUAGUCGUGCUGCGACCCGCGCCGCCCCGAGACGGCCCCAGGGUCGACUCCCCAGCGACUCCACAGGCGCCGAACGGAUUGAGGGGUGAAGCCGGACUCAUUCGCCCGUCGCUUUCUUCGCCGACUCACGCGCCCUCUCCCGCCGACUCCGCAGCGCCCGAGAAGCCCGCAGGCGAGCCGCGCGUCGUCCUGCGAGAGCGGGAUCCUUCAGGCGGCGGCGGUGUCUCUCUCCCGUCUUCUGCGUGCUUCGUCUUCGGUGCAGCUGCCGCAGAAAGGGGAGGUCGGACGCGCGCCCUAGGCGGCUCAGGCGGAGGGCGCCGCUGUGAGGCGGCCUGCGCGGAUGGAUGUGGGGAUACAGAGCGAGGAGGCGGGGGACGCGCGGGUGCGGGGGCGCCGACGCCAAGCAGCCAGCGGAGGCGCGGCUGCGUGAGGCUGCGCGCGCGCGAGGCGGAGGCGGAGAGCGACGGAGUGUCUGGCGCAGAGCGAGCCGGAGGCAGAAAGAGGGCGCGGCGUCCCGCGGAGCGGGGGAGCGGCCGCGAGAGCGAGAAGAGGCGAAGCGAGGCGCGCGCAGAAGACGAGGCGCAGGAGAGAGACGAGGAGACCCGCCAGCAAAUUUUUGACGCCAUCAAGAUCUUGGUGGACCCCGAGGAAAUCGAAGCACUGGUUGCGAUCCUCACCCAACUGAAGGAAAAAAACAUCGCUCUCUUCGAACGCGCCGUCCAUCGAAGAGGUGUCGAAGAGUGCACAGCCGUUCUGCAGGAAACGCUGGACAUCGAAGAAGCGGGGGGGCAGCUGCUUCCCUGCGGGCGCCGCAAGAGCCCCGGCGGCGUGUUUCUCAAGCUCCUGCAAAACCGAAUCUCUCCAGAGGACAAAAAAUUCAUUUGGGACGAGCAGAACCGCGCGCAAAAGGAGCGGAAGAAGCAGAUUCUGCGAGACGCCAAGAAGCGACAGGAGGAGGCUGCGUUGCGCCGCGAAGGUCUGCUCGGCGCUGCGAGUGCCAACGAGCUGCGCGCGCCACCGCAGGGAGACGGCUGCGGCAACCCUGCGGGCGUCUGCUCUCGGCAGAGAGUGAGCGACGACGAGGACGAAGAGGGACAGUGCUCGGAUGGCGAUGCCCGCAGCCCAGAAACGAAGCAGCAGCGGAACUUUGAACCCUGA